AUGAAGGGGGACUCAAAAUGGUGGACAUAAAUGCAUUUAUGAAAAGUUUAAAAUUAUCAUGGAUAAGAAAAGUUAUUCAAGGCCAGAACAAAUUUACAUCCUUGGGUAGAAAGUUAAUAGAUUUUAAUAUACUAUGUAAUACAGGCAGUUUAUACGCAAUUUCAGCUGUAGAUAUGCCUUUGUUUUUUAAUAACUGUUUAUUAAUCAACAAUAAAUACAUUUUUUGGAAAUAUUGGUAUGAUGAUGGCAUUCGGUUUGUUAAAGAUAUUAUUAAAGACAGUGGGCAGAUUUUGUCACUGCAAGAGCUACAAGCCAAAAUGAAUAAACCGGUAAACUUUUUACAUUAUGAAGGUAUAAAAAAAGUUCUUUCCACAUACAUUGUCUCGGUGCAAAAUGUAAAAUUAAAAGAUUAUAAAGUACAUUCAUAUCCCAUUUUGUCGACCUAUAUAAAACCUAUCAUUCUGAAUUCUUGUAAUAAGUUACUAUACAAUAUGUUAAAAGAGAACUCUGAAAUCCCCACAUGCCAAACAAAAUGGAAUGAAUACUUUGCAGAUGACUCCAUACAAUGGAAAAAUGUCCAUGGACAAGUGUUUAAAAAAACGAAUAAUACAUAUAUUCAAUGGUUACAAACUAGAAUUAUCCACAGAAUAUUGGGAACAAACUCACUCCUUUUUAAAAUGGGCUUGUCCGAUAGUAAAACAUGCACUUUUUGCAAAAUGUCAGAAGAAUCAAUUACCCAUUUAUUCUGGGAUUGUAACACAGUAAAAAUACUUAUUAAAGAUAUCUCGGAUAGCUUAAAAAACGCAAAUAUACAAAUAGUAAUAAACAGCAAAAUGUUCCUUCUUGGUGAUACAAACGUAAAUGAUAACUGCUUUAUUCUUUUCAUGGAAGUUAAAAAGUACAUUUUUGAAUGCAAAAGGAAAGAAGUAAUUCCACAUUUUCAGGGAUUUAAGGCUAGCCUAAAAUUAUCUUUAAAUAUAUAUGAAAACACAACAAAUGAAUCAAAUAAAGGAUUUUUUUGGAUAGUUAUAAGAUUAAUAUGUAAUUCAUAAUUGCAUGAAUAACAAAAAUAACUGUUAUUAACUCGCAUUAUAUAUGAAACCUGCAAAAUGUGUUUUCUUAAUCAAGUGUCACUAUGUUGUUUGCAUAUUGAUCAUAAAGUUUAUAUUGAUUGUGUGGUAAACUGCACUCUAAGUGUAAAAUCAAACUUUGUUAAAAAGGUCCAUUUUA